AUGAGUGCUGAUGAUGAUGAGCCUUUAGUAGAUGCCAGCCUAACCGACCCAAUCGAACCAGACCCAGCUGACUUUGGUUGUUUAGGGGAUGGUAUACUGUGCAAUCCUCUGAGACGACCUCAUCGGUUUAUUGUGCUUGCCUUUAUAUGUUUCCUGUCGUUUGGGAGUUACUUUUGCUAUGAUAACCCCGCCGCGCUGGCUCCCCAGUUCAAAUCAGACCUAGGUUUAGAGGGCAGUGAUUUUAUGUUGCUCUACUCACUGUACAGUUGGCCUAAUGUAUUUCUCUGCUUUAUUGGGGGUUACCUUAUUGAUAGAGUCUUCGGUAUCAGAUUGGGAGCUUUUCUAUUCGGACUGGUAAUCCUAAUCGGACAGAUAAUAUUCGCUGCUGGAGCUUAUCUUAAUAACCGUUAUGUCAUGUAUGCCGGUAGAUUUGUGUUCGGGUUGGGAGGUGAGAAUUUAGCAGUAGCCGGUAACACGUAUGUGGUAGCGUGGUUCGGGGGCAGGGAAAUCAACACAGUCUUUGGUAUCCAGCUCAGUUUCUCUAGAAUCGGAAGCACAGUUGGUAUGGUAACGUUAUUACCGUUCUACAAGGCUAUUGCCUCCAGUUUCGGAGACAAUAAAGCUCACCUGAUGGGAACGCUCUUGAUGUUUGGUGCUGGUUUGUGUGUUCUGAGCUUGCUUGCCUCCGUGGUUUUAGCAUUACUCGACAGAAGAGCUAGCAAGAUCCUCAAAAAGGAAGCUUCUGGAACAGGAGAGUCGAUAAAACUGAGUGACAUAACCCGGUUCUCUACUGCAACCUGGCUGAUAUUUGCUAUCUGUGUUACCUACUAUGUCGCCAUCUUCCCUUUCAUUUCUCUUGGAAAACUCUUCUUCGAACAGAAGUUUGGUUUGACACAAGAUGAAGCUGGUGUCUGCAACUCUCUAGUUUAUUUUAUCGGAGCAGUGGCCUCCCCUCUUGCUGGAAUACUUAUCGACCGCUAUGGGAGGAACAUUGCGUGGCUACUGAGCGCUAUCCUGAUAACGUCGGGAGCUCACGCGUUACUUGCUUUCACCUUUGUUCACCCCUACGUUGCUAUGGUGAUGAUGGCUCUUGCUUACAGCAUGUGUGCGAGUGCCCUGUGGCCCAUGGUGUCGCUGGUGGUGCCGGAAUACCAGCUGGGUACCGCGUACGGCAUGAUGCAGAGUAUACAGAACCUGGGACUGGCUCUCGUCUCCAUCGCUUCUGGAACUAUCGUAGGAAAGUAUGGGUAUUUCCUAUUGUCACUGCAGUUCAUGGCCUGGCUGGCCCUCUCCGCCGUGUGUAUCCUAAUGUUAUGGGGAUGGGAUUCUGCUAACGGCGGUUAUCUUAACGCGUCCCCUGCCAAACGAAAAGAAAUGAACGAAGCAGAGAUCCGUUCUGUUCUGGAAGGAGAGGAUUACAGAGAGCCCCUGAUCUCUGAUAAUUCUGUGCUGGACGUCAGUCAAACCUUUAGAUCCUCCACUGCCAGGGGGCUGAGGAGCAAGUACCUGACUAGGAUUGAGGGGGGUAACCAAAAUGACUUCACUAGAUCCGCGGAAUUCCAUCGCAGCCUUGCGGACAGAAGCAUAAAUCUCGGUCAAAGUUACCAGUUUUCCUCCAACGCCAACAGAGGUCUGCUCAAGUGAAGACUGUUAUCAUCAAACUGAGCUGUUUUGUUGAUCGCCCUGAAGAGUAGGGGCUGUUUUGUGAUGUACUGCUCGACACAAUCUGUGUAUUGUGCACUAUACAAUACACACUAUGUACAUUUUACCCUCAAUAUUGUAUUAGCAAUGGCAUGAAAUGGAUACGAUCGUCCAACUAAUAC